AUGGUCUGCCGCGACUGCUUCCGGGGCACGAUCCAUGACUUUGCCACGCCCAAAGGCACACUCUCAGAUCUGUACGGCUCCAGCUACAAGACCUACGUCUCGUUGCCGCCAAACGAUCCGAAGCCCAAAUCGACCAUAAUCUUCUUCUGCGAUGCCUUUGGGCUGCAUUUGCCAAACAACAAGAUUCUUGCGGAUCACUAUGCUGAACAAACUGGCUGUCGUGUUUUGACUCCUGACAUCAUUCCCGGCGGUGGAUGCAGCGAGAAAUGCAUGCACGCCAUGAACGAAGUAUUCAAGCCGCUGCCCAGCUGGUGGAGUCUGCUCGAUCCCCGGAUGUACUUCAACAAAAUCUGGGGAAUCUCGACGUUCGCACCGACCUUCAUUCCGUUUUUGAUCACAUCGAGCGCGCCAAAGGCGUACCCAGAAUGCUUACGGUAUGCAAGAGCGGUCAAAGCUGACUUACCGGCGGGUGGAAAGCUGGGUGCGGCUGGGUUCUGCUGGGGCGGGUACCCGUCGACGAAGCUCUGCGGCGAGUCGGCCUCUGCUGAAGGCGAGGGCGCGACCAAGCCGCUGCUAGACGCAGCGUUUUCGGCCCAUCCUAGUAGUUUGGACGCCCCGAAGGAUUUUGUCGGGGCUCUUGGCAGGUUCAAGACACCGUAUUUCUGUGCAGUGGCAGAGUUCGAUUUCCUGUUCAACAAAGGGGCCGCAGAGCAGACAGAGGCGGCGUUGAGAAAGGAGCUGGGCCCUAGUGGCGAGGGCAAGGCUGGUGUGUACGAGUUCUUCAUUCACAAGGGAGCCCAUCAUGGGUUCAGUGUGAGGGCCAGCCCAGACGCGCCGGGCGAGGUUGGAAAAGAGAGCUAUGAGACGGCAGCUGCGCAAGCUGUCGAAUGGUUUAACAAGUACCUGAAGUGA